AUGCCCCAAUCCUCCUCCUCACCAUCCGACUCGACAUCGUCUUCACUUGUGCAUGUGCUGCUGCCUCCCGACCCCGGCCAACCUCAAUCUCAAUCUCAAUCUGCCUCUGUUUCCGUCUCGGCUGCUGCCAGUGCCGUAUCAUCCUCCCCCGAUCCCAUUGACCACGACGACGCCCGCCCCUCCUCCUCCUCCUCCUCCUCCUCCCACGAUCACACUGCUACCAACCGCCGCCUCCUGAGCCUGUCACCUCUGCUCCUCCCACCACCCACCGCACCAUCGCCUGGACACACGACCACCACGAAUAACACACCCUCGAACCCGGAUGCUGCCCGGUCACGAGACGUCGUCGCCUCUGAUCCUACCCACGUAUCUCUGCGCCCGGGCCUUUCUUCCUCCCUCAACACUACCGCUCGAGAACUCUCUCCUCCUGUCGCAGACGACGAGAUCGAGAUGGAACCAUUGAAAGGAACCGGUCACCGCCGGCGCCGUAGCUCGCUCAUGCAAAAUGCCGGCGCUAGCAACCACCAAAGAGUCCCGUCAAGAAGCCAGGGAAACUUGCUGGAAGAGCCAAAGAUAUCGGAGGAAGAUCUCAGAGCCACACCAUCGGCAUCCAAGGACAUAGACGACGACAGCGUCUCUGACGAGGAUCUCCAUGAUGACGAGGAGACGGGUCUUACGAAGAAGGACAAGAAAAGAAAGAAGCAAAAGAAGAGGAACAACACGCGGUUAGAUCAGCGCUUCGUCCGGGGCGAAAUCUCGGCCGAGGAGAAGAAGGAGGCAGAUCAAAAUGUCUUCAGGAAAUCAGCUAUUAACAUCGUUCUGAUUUUGCUGUGGUACUUGUUUUCUCUCAGCAUCUCACUGUAUAACAAGUGGAUGUUCGACAAGAACCGCCUCAACUUUGCUUUCCCUUUGUUCACGACGGCCUGCCACAUGUUGGUACAAUUCGCCCUAGCAUCAUUAGUGCUAUUUUUAAUACCUUCCCUGCGCCCUUCUAAUGGAGUGCGCAAUUCAGACUUGGGGCGCUCGCGACAUGAAUCCGAGCCUGACAGGCCGUUGAUGACCAAGAUGUUCUAUUUAACACGCAUUGGGCCGUGUGGUGCCGCGACCGGUCUCGAUAUUGGACUCGGAAACACUUCGCUCAAGUUCAUUACUCUCACAUUCUACACUUUCGUUUUGAUCUUCGCCUUCUUGUUUAGACUCGAAAAGCCCACAUGGCGCCUCGUAGCCAUCAUUGCGACAAUGACUGCGGGUGUCGUUUUGAUGGUGUCAGGGGAAGUCGAAUUUAAAGUCAGCGGCUUCAUCCUCGUCAUCUCUGCCGCCUUCUUCUCCGGUUUCCGAUGGGGCUUAACUCAAAUCCUCCUCCUGCGCAACCCGGCAACGUCGAACCCGUUUUCUAGUAUCUUCUUCUUGGCGCCGGUCAUGUUCCUGACGCUGAUUGUCAUAGCCAUUCCCGUCGAGGGCUUCUCCGCCCUCAUCGAGGGUCUGAAGGUUCUCAUCGCUGAAUGGGGUGCCAUCACAACGCCGUUGUUCCUCCUCUUCCCCGGAUGUAUCGCCUUCCUCAUGACAGCCUCCGAAUUCGCUCUGCUGCAGCGCACUUCGGUCGUGACGCUCUCCAUCGCCGGUAUCUUCAAGGAGGUCGUGACAAUCUCCGCCGCCGCUAUCGUCUUCAACGACCGCCUCACGCCUGUCAACUUUGUCGGUCUCAUCACCACCAUGGGCGCCAUCGUCGCGUACAACUACAUCAAGAUCACCCAGAUGCGCGAGGACGCCCAGAGGGAGGUCCAGCGUGGUCAUAUGGAGGUUGCCGCUUCGGGCGCGUCUUCGAGCGGCAGCGACAACGACGAUGGCAGCGGCGAGGAGACGGGCCUGCUGAGGAACAGCACCGACUACGAGGACAACCUUGUCACCGCCGACGGCGAUAUCCUACCCAACCCGGGACACACCGCGCACGAGUCGAGGACGGCCCAGGCCCACCGCGACAACUAG